AUGGGUGGUGUUAGGCAGCAGCUCCCUGCCGGCGCCGUCGUCCUCAUCGCGGUGGCGCUGAUGGCCACGUCGGCGGAGGGCUACAUCUCGGGGAAGACGUGGACCGCCAUCAACAGGGCGAACCGCCACGGCCCGUUCGUUGGGCUCGUCGUUCCCAACACCUUCGAGAUGGUGCCCGUCCUGAACUCGCCCAGCUUCGUGGCCAGCAAGACCAUCCCUAACCUCGACGUCCAAGGACGAAGGUUUCGCUUCGGAGCCAUCGGAGGCCAAAACGUUGUCAUGGUCAUGACAGGGCUGAGCAUGCUUAACGCCGGGCUGGCCACCCAGAUGUUGCUGAGCCUGUUCCGGGUGAAGGGCAUCGUCCACUGGGGCAUCGCCGGCAACGCGAACGAGGACCUCCAGAUCGGCGACGUCACCAUCCCUGAGUACUGGGCCCACCUCUCCCUCUGGAACUGGCAGCGCUACGGCGACGGGAAGGAGAACGAGCUGCCGCUGGAGGCCGCCGGCGACUACACGCGGGAGUACGGCUUCCUCAACUUCUCCGACUACACCGUCGGGCAGGGCAACCCGGCAUUGUCGGCGAACGAGCUCAACAGCAUCUGGUACCAGCCGGAGGAGAUCUUCCCGGCGUCGGGCGUACCCGAGGAGCGGCAGCACGCGUUCUGGGUCCGUGCCAGCAAGCGCUACUACGCGUUGGCGGCGAAGCUGGAGGGGAUGGAGCUGCCGGCGUGCGUGAACGGGACAACGACGUGCCUGCCCCGCGCGCCGCGGGUGGUGCGGGUCAGCAGGGGCUGCAGCGGCAACGUGUUCCUGGACAACGCACGGUACCGCCAGUUCCUACGCACCAAGUUCGAGUGCACGCCCAUCGAGAUGGAGAGCGCCGCCGUCGCGCUCGUCGCGUACCAGCAAGGUGUCCCGUUCCUCACCAUCCGCUCGCUGUCGGAUCUAGCCGGCGGUGGAUCAGCUCUCGGGAACGAGGCCAGCACGUUCAUCAGCAUCGCCGCUCAGAACGCCGUGGACGUCAUGCUUAAAUUUGUUCCGCUGCUAAAGGAGCAAUAG